AUGGCAUUCACUCGAGAAGCGAGAAUCACCCUAGGACGGCCACCUUCGCCGGUCGGCGGCAGGGCGGGGAGGGCGCCGGAAGCGGUGUCUCUCACCAAGGCUGAAAAGGACGUGGAUAGAGACAACGAGAACCCUGAAGAAGGGCCAAAGGAACCAGACGUGCCCCUGGGCAGCAUCACCCAGGCCAAGAACCUCUACUCGAAACGGGACAGCGACGGCAAAUACCAGUGGGUGACUGUAGAGCCGGACGACGCCGUCGACGCCGCCGAGAACAGCGAGACGGCUCGCUACGCUUUCCUGGUGCGCAACAAGAAGAGCUACGACAGCAGGAAGAAGUACGACAUCGACUCCAUCAUCGUCCAGUCUCCGUGGCUGAAGAAAUCCUUGGGCGUCGUGUUCGAGGGUUACCCGGGCAUCACGACCAAUCUGGAGCGACUUGUCUUUCGAGCGCCCUUGCACCCGUUCGUCCACCGCUGGAACAAGUUGCUCGCCUUGCUGGAGGAGAACGACUUUGAGGAUCCGACCGCCAGAGACCAUCUCCAGCUGUUCCAUGACGCUCUGUACGAGGAGCUCAAGAACGCGAUUUCGGCAAAGAUCGACCUGGUCAAGAACGGCGUCAUCACCUUCGAGUACCUCUGGACCAUCUUCGAGCCGUCGACCCUGGUCUACAGCGUCAGAGACAACAAAGACUGCGUCUUCAAGCUCAACUCGUACGUCACGACCUUCGACCAACGGGCGGGCAAGGACUAUCUGUCCCUCGCCGUCUGGUCCUGUGACUGGGACGGUACCACCUUUGGCCAGAACAACACGGAGCUGAAGAACUACCAGUUUGCCGGCACGACGCCCAUCAGUUCCCUGGCGGCGUUUCCCCUCGAGUUCCAUCCCGCUCGGCAGCAGAUCUCGGACAAGUUGAUCGCCCGAGGCAAGCUCUUCGAGCAGUUCGCAGGCUACCACUAUCAGGCGUACCGCGGCGUCGCCCUGGGGUACGGCCGGAGCGGCAUGAUCAGGCACAACAUCGAGUCUCGGAUCAUCAUCGACUGUGAGGCGCACAAUCGGUUCAUGCCCAACUAUGCCGUCUAUCUCGCCUCUCUGCCCCAGGCUGGCGCCGAUCGGGUCCGGGGUGGUGCGACGUCGACCGGGAGCCGAUCUGAUGACGAGGGGGAGGAGGAGCCGGACGACUCUGACGACUAUGACCGAUUCUCGGGCGACGAGACACCGCCCAUCUUCAUCAGCCCCCCCAGCGCAGGCGGAAUCGACGACGCAUGCGGCUCGACGCAGAAGCACCGGCCGCUGACGACCGAAGAACUGCUCCUGUCGGUGCCAUAUGUCAAGGGAUACGCCAUCAAGAACAAGAAGUGGCUGUGGUUCCACGUGGACCAGAUUGAGCCGAUCAAGUUCGCCGACAAUGCGUUCGCCUCGCUCGUGCUCCCGUCGGAGCAAAAGUCGCUGAUUCGAGCCUUUGUGGAAUGCCAGGUGAGGCACAAGAACGACUUUGACGACAUCAUUGCAGGGAAAGGUCGAGGGAUGAUCAUGCUCUUGGCCGGUCCGCCGGGCGUGGGAAAAACGCUGACGAGCGAGAGUGUCGCCGAGGACAUGCGCGUGCCCCUCUACUGCAUGAGCGCCGGGGACCUGGGCCUGGACCCGUCGGACAUCGAAGAAUCACUCAACCUCGUGCUGGACAUGGUCAGCAAGUGGAACGCAGUGUUGCUGCUCGACGAAGCAGAUGUUUUCCUCGAGGCGCGGAGCUCCAAUGAUCUCGAGAGGAACAAGAUGGUCUCCAUCUUCCUGCGGGUGCUGGAAUACUACGAGGGCGUUUUAUUCUUGACCACCAACCGCAUCAGCAACAUCGACGCCGCCUUCCACUCCCGGGUCCACGUCACCAUCAACUAUCCCAAUCUGUCCAUCGACUCCCGUCGGCAUGUCUGGCAGACGUUCCUCGGAAACGACACCACCGUGACCGGGAAAGACAUUGAUCGUCUCGCUGCCGUGGACUUGAACGGCCGACAGAUCAAAAACAUGCUGAAGACGGCACAGAUGCUGGCUCGAAGUCAGGAACACGGCAACGGAGAAGGUGGAAAGGUGGGGAUGAAGCACAUCGAGACCGUUCUCGCCAUUGAACGGGGCACAUCCUGGGAGUGA